CACUUUCACUUAGCUAAUCGCUCUUCAUCGGCAAUCUCGCCAUACCCAAGCCUUUUCUGCUUCACCAAUGGCGCACGUUACUCAACUCCCCUGCGAUUGUGACGGUGUCUGUAUGGUUUGCAAGGCGAAGCCUGCUGACGAAGAAAAACUGACGUGCAAAACCUGUGCUUCCCAAUGGCAUGUCAACUGUCUCUCUCAGCCACCGGAGACGAUGGCGGAGACGCUUAAGUGGGAAUGCCCAGAUUGUUCUGUGCCGCCCUCAGAUUUUCCUUCGGUUACCGUUGGCAAAGCCGUCCUUGACGGGGCCGGUGACUUGAUGGCGGCGAUCCGAGCGAUUGAAGCGGAUUCUUCUCUAACAGAGCUUGAGAAGGCGAAGAAACGACAGAAACUGAUGAGUGGAAAGGCAGGUUCCGAGGAAGAUGAAGGUAGUGUGAAGAAGGUAGAAGGUGAAAGGAAGGACGUUCUGGAUAUUCUCAGCGGGACUCUAAACUGCUCAUUCUGUAUGCAGUUACCCGAGAGGCCGGUCACGACUCCGUGUGGCCACAACUUCUGCCUAAAAUGCUUUCAGAAGUGGAUUGGACAAGGAAAACUAACAUGUGCCAAGUGUCGUAGUGCUAUCCCUUCCAAAAUGGCUAGUCAACCGCGUAUAAAUUCUGCGCUUGUUAUGGCUAUCCGUAUGGCAAAAGUAUCCAAAAACAUAGGUGCAGGAGAAACCUCUAGAGUUUAUCAGUUUGUACAUAACCAAGAUAGACCAGACAAGGCUUAUACUUCAGAGCGGGCCCAAAGGAAAGGCAAAUCAAAUGCUUGCAGUGGAAAGAUUUUUGUAACUGUGCCUCAGGAUCAUUUUGGUCCAAUCCCAGCUGAGAAUGAUCCAGUGAGGAAUCAAGGUGUGCUGGUUGGUGAAUGUUGGGAAGAUAGACUUGAUUGCCGGCAAUGGGGUGCUCACUUCCCUCAUGUUAGUGGUAUUGCUGGACAAUCAAACCAUGGUGCACAAUCAGUAGUUCUUUCUGGUGGUUAUGUUGAUGACGAGGAUCAUGGAGAGUAUUUUCUCUAUACUGGAAGUGGUGGUAGAGACUUAAGUGGAAACAAGCGAACAAGCAACGUACAAUCAUUUGAUCAGAAGUUUGAAAAGUCCAAUUUAGCUUUAAAAGUUAGCUGUUUGAAAGGUUAUCCAGUUCGAGUUGUAAGAUCUCACAAAGAGAAGAGAUCCUCAUAUGCCCCUGAACAAGGAUUACGUUAUGAUGGCGUUUACAGAAUUGAAAAGUGUUGGCGGAAACAGGGGUUGCAGGGCUUCAAGGUUUGUCGGUACUUAUUUGUUAGAUGUGACAAUGAGCCUGCCCCAUGGACAAGUGAUGAUCAUGGAGAUCGUCCCCGACCAUUGCCAGUAAUUCCUGAGUUAGAAAAGGCUACAGACUUAGUUGUCAGGAAGGAGAAUCCAUCGUGGGAUUUUGAUGAGGAAGGAUCUUGUUGGAAGUGGAAAAAACCACAACCUCCCAGUCAAAGGCAUGUGAAAAGUAUGGAUCCCCAAGAUGUAAAAAGGUCAAGGAGGGAAAUAAGGAAAGCACAAAAUCUUUCAAUCAGGGAAAGAUUGCUGAAAGGAUUUGGUUGCCUUAUCUGUAAAGAGGUUAUGGUUACUCCUGUGACGACGCCCUGUGCUCAUAAUUUCUGCAAGCCAUGUUUGGAAGGUGCGUUUGUAGGUCAAUCUUUUGUGAGAGAAAGAAGCAGGGGUGGAAGAUCUCUGCGGUCCCAAAAGAACGUGAUGAAAUGCCCUUCUUGCCCUACUGACAUUUCUGAUUUUCUUCAGAACGUUCAGGUCAAUACAGAGUUGUUGGGUUUAAUUGAAUCAUUGAAAGCUGAGGCUGAAGAAAAUAAAGAUGAAAGCGAGGAUGAAGAUGGAGCCGAGGCAGACUGUGAUGAUGCAGUGGCCACAAUGGAUGAAGAUAAGGAUACUUCGGUUGAAGAACCCAAUGAUUCACCUGAGGAAUCUGAUGCUAGCAAACUAAAGUCAAAAGAACCUGGAGUGACCACUCGUGCAGCCAAGGAUAAUUGCAAAAGAAAGAGAGCCAAUGCUGAAGAAAUUUCUCCCAAAGGUGGCAAAAGUAAAAAGGCUGAGAGUGAUGGAAAUGAUUCACCAGCAAGUCCUCUUCAUUUGCCAUCAGACAGUUAGUCAUUACCAAUGGAUUCGGAUUUUUGCGGGCUCUUUUUACAGGUGCUUUUUGGUAGACAAAACAUUGGUUUAUUUGCUUAUGUCCAUUACAACCAAUUAUUCAAUCAAAUCUGAACACUUGGAUUUUAUCAUAAAUAUUGCUAUGAU